AUGUACUCGUCCAAACUCCCAGAUAGCCAUCCAAUCAAGUAUCCCAAUGCUCCGUCCGUCAAAAUGAUCCUUUCUUACUUCGUCCUUUUCGCCGUAGUCUACACCACUACCUUCUGCAUCUACAACAUCUUCUUCCACCCCCUCCGCAAGAUCCCGGGCCCACCCCUCGCCCGGCUCUCCCGCCUCUGGAGCCGGCUCGGCAACCUCCGCGGCCAAAAGUCCUUUCUCAUCCACGCCGCGCACCAGCACUACGGCCCAGUCGUCCGCGUCGGGCCCAACGAGCUCUCCUUCGCCUCCCCCAGCGCCACGAAAGAAAUCUACAACACGUCCUCGGACGCCUUCGUCAAGGAAGCCUCCUUCUACCACGCCAAGCGCGUCUACCACGAAGAGCACCUCUUCAGCUUCCGCGACCCCGACGCGCACAAGCAGCGCAAGAAGCUGCUCCAGCGCGGCUUCUCCCAGGCCGCGCUGCUCGACUUCGAGCCGCACAUCUCGUCCAAGAUCGGCUGCAUGAUGGAUCAGUGGGCCCGCAGGAGCGCGGGCGGCGAGCCGCUCAACGCCGUGCCGUGGGCGCACUGGAUUGGCUUCGAUAUUGUGUACCACCUCAUGUUCGAUGAGGACCCGGGAUGCGUGGCGAACGGGGAGGAACACUGGGUCGUAAAGUGCCUGCGUUCGUGGCGGCCGACGUUCGCGUUCAAGGAGUUCGUGCCGCAGCUCGAGCGGUGGGGCCCGUAUGUGCCGGGCCGCGUGGGCGGGUACUUUAGGGACGUGCGGGCGUGGAAGGAGUACUGCGUGGACUUGGUGCGGCGCUGGCGGGCGCAGGGCACGCGUACGCCGUUUCUCCAGAAUGCGCUGCAUGGCAAGGACGCGUUUCUGGGGCGGCCGCUGACGGAUUCGGAGCUGGCCGAGGAGUGCAUGGGUGGGAUGUUUGGGGGCAGUGGGACGACGGCGAAUACGUUUGUGUACGUUUUGUGGGCUGUGCUGCGGAGGCCGGAAGUGGCGGGAAAGCUGAGACGAGAGCUCAAGAUGGCGUUUGGAGAGGAUAGAAGGGCUGUGCCCGCGGGCGUGGACUGUGCGAAGCUGCCGUAUCUGCAGGCUGUCAUUAACGAGACAUUGAGGUGCUAUCCGACUAUCAUUGCUACCAAGCCAAGGACAGCGCUGCGGGAUACUGUGGUUGCGGGAGUAGCAGUUCCCAAAGGGACGACAGUCGGGUCACAGAACUAUACGGUUCUCCGCGACCCCACCGCCUUCCCCAAUCCGGAGAACUUCUUGCCCGAACGCUGGCUUGAGAAGGAAGGGGAUGAGCUCAGGAAAGAAGCGUUCACGCCAUUUUCCGUUGGUCCAAGGUCAUGCAUCGGGAUCAAGUGA